AGAGUGUUUGCCAACUUUUACGAUCUUGUGACUUGCGACUUUUCUAAACUGUUGUACAAGUAGCUUAUAUCUUCGUUUAACGGUCUCCUUACAGAAUCUCUGAUACCUAUAUCUCUUCUAAAUCGUUAUAUUCUUUAGUCGUUUAGCCUAAAAAGCCAAAGUCUCAAUCCAAAAGUCAAAAGAGCAACUAAGAAAGUCAAUUGACAUCAAAGCGGGGCAGUUCGGGGUAUAUUUCCACGAAGCUGUCCAAUCUUUCCUUUCCAAUUCUCCAAAUUAUUUGGAACUUGAUCUUGAUUAGAUCAGAACAUCAUGUCGGGUCCUGUACCUACUGUCACUGCCCUGCAGGACAUUUACACUCAGCAGUCCUUGGCUGACCAGACUGUGCGGUGGAAUAAGCUGCUCGACAAAUUCCAGGCCCUCUAUGGAAGCCCCGCGCAGUUUGUGUCUCGAUCGCCAGGUCGCGUGAACAUCAUUGGCGAACAUAUCGAUUAUUCCCUUUACUCCGUAUUACCUAUGGGAAUGACCCACGAUGUCAUCAUCGCCGUAUCUACCGAUCUGGAACCUUCUCAAGAUGGCACUUAUAAGAUCAAAAUAGCAAAUGUCGAUAAUGAACGAUUCCCGACCCGCGAAUUCGAUGUAUCGUACUCCGAAGUCGAGAUUGACGCAACCUUGCACGAAUGGACCAAUUACUUCAAAUCUGGGUUGAGGGGAGCGCUGCAAUUACUCAGGAAGAAAUACGGAGAUGAUUUUAAGCCCAAGAGUAUGGAGGUUCUGAUGGAUGGAACAGUGCCCGCUGGUGGUGGCCUCAGUUCCAGUGCUGCUUUUGUGAGUUCUAGCGCAUUGGCUGUGAUGAUUGCCAACGGCGAGCGCGACGUCGACAAGAAGGCUCUAACAGAGGUCGCCAUCGUGAGUGAACGAGCAGUUGGCGUUAAUUCUGGAGGAAUGGACCAAUCUGCUUCAGUAUUCUCCAAACAAGGGUCAGCUCUUCUAGUCAAUUUCACCCCAUCCCUCUCAGCACGACCAGUAUUCUUCCCAAAAACGAACCCCGAGCUUUGCUUCAUGGUCGCGCAAUCAUUCGUGACAUCGAAUAAGCAGGAGACUGGCCCGAUCCACUACAAUCUCCGAGUUGUCGAAUGCAGCAUGGCAGCAGCAUAUCUGAAUGCCAAGCUAUGUCCCAAGGGAACCGAACUCCCUAAGGACGCAGGUCCAUUAGGCGUAUCGAUACACGGAUUCCACACUAAUUACUUCAAAGAUACCCAGAAGUCGCAGACCGAGCAGCUCAAUGAAUUGAUCGAGUUAACUAAAUCCACUCUCACUCAAGAACAGGGUUACACAGUCGAGGAAAUUGCCGCAGGCGUCGGUAUAUCAGUUGAAGACGUGAAAGCCCGAUUCAUGUCCAGCUUCCCGGUCCGGGGUGAAUAUUUCAAGCUCCGCCAGCGAGCACUACACGUAUUCACCGAAGCUCUACGUGUGCUCCAGUUCCUUGAACUCCUCGAGGACCCGGCACAGGCACCGGAUUCCGGACACACGGUCGAAUAUAACGGCCGGCUUGGAAAGUUGCUGAACGAAACCCAAGACUCAUGCCGAGAAUUAUACGAAUGCAGUUGUCCCGAAAUUGACGAGUUGUGCAAGAUUGCGCGCGAAGCUGGGAGCUACGGCAGUCGGCUGACUGGCGCCGGUUGGGGUGGUUGCAGCGUUCAUCUCGUACCUGCUGACAAAGUUGAAGAUAUCCGCAAGGCGUUGCUUGAGAAAUAUUACUCCAAGAGGCAGUUGAGCGAGACGGAUUUAGAGGGGGCUAUUGUUGUUAGUCGGCCGAUGAAUGGCAGCGCAGUUUUCAAGCUGAAUGGAGGGAAGAUUUGAGGAAACGAAAUAUUAGGUAGGUAGAUAGUAUAUAUUGUUGGUAAUCAUAUGUACACAACCACAAUAUUCUUAAAAAUCUCAUCUUGACCUAGGUCCUACUACCA